AACACAUCAGCGUUUAAAUAAGUCGGUGAAAGGCAUACACCGUAUAAAAAUAGGUGAAAGGGCAAUCCCAGUUUUUCAAAACAUGGCGUCGACUGUAAUGAGAAGGGUUUCAGCAUUUAAAGGUGAUCUGACCAUGCCAUUAGGCUGUCUGCAUCGAAGGUUUAUAAGCUGUGGACCAAAGGUUUUGUUGCAAUCCAACCUUCCUCAAGCUGGAUUUUUCCCGCCCAAUGAAGGGGUGAUGUUGCUACCUGGUUCGUUCAAAAACAAAGUUGCCUUCAUAACCGGGGGUGGCACAGGUCUGGGGAAAGGAAUGACCACCACUCUUUCUACUCUGGGUGCCAAAUGCGUCAUUGCAAGCAGAAAAUUGGAUGUUUUAAAACAGACUGCAGAUGAAAUAUCAACCCAAACAGGAAAUGAGGUUUAUGCCGUGCAGUGUGACGUGAGGGACCCGUCAUCAGUGAAGGCAUGCGUCGAUGAGCUCGUCAAUGUUGCGGGCCUGCCCGAUGUUGUGAUCAACAACGCCGCUGGAAACUUCAUCUCCCCCACCGAGAAGCUGUCCGCCAAUGCCUGGAAAACCAUAACUGACAUUGUUCUCAACGGCACUGCCUACGUGACCCUGGAGGUUGGCAAACGGCUGAUCAAAGCAGAGAAAGGAGCAGCAUUCUUGGCCAUAACCACGAUCUAUGCGGAAACCGGCACAGGUUUUCUGGUGCCCAGCGCCUCGGCUAAAGCAGGAGUGGAGGCACUCUGCAAGUCCCUAGCAGCUGAGUGGGGGAGGUACGGCAUGCGAUUCAACAUCAUUCAACCAGGCCCAAUAAAGACUAAGGGCGCCUUCAGUCGGCUGGACCCGAUGGGCACGUUUGAGAAGUCUCUGAUGGGCCGGAUACCGACGGGGCGCCUGGGCACCCCCGGGGAAAUCGCCAACCUGGCGGCCUACCUCUGCAGCGACUACGCGUCCUGGGUCUCGGGAGCGACCAUUAGAAUGGAUGGUGGGGAGUACGUCUCAAUAGCUGGCGAGUUCAACGUCCUGAGAGAGGUAAUGGCCCCGUUUGAAACGACCACACUUAAUGUGUUCUGCUUUUUAAAUGGCUUAAUUGUGCGUGUUCCUUCCAUGCAGGUCACAAACGAGCAGUGGACUGUGAUGGAAUCUAUGAUCAGGAAGACUAAGGGAUCCUAACGUCUGCCACAGGCAUUUGGCUGAAGGAAUGAUCUGUGCUGUAUGAAAGUUGAAACUUUUAUGUAGCCUGAAACUGUAGGCUGUAGUCGCCCCCCCCCCCCUCCUUAUGAAAUGUGAACCUGUUUGAACAUGCAGAUGCAGUGAUGUAAAAUAGCAGUGGAUUAAAAAACUGAGACAUUGUUUCACAUGACAGGCUGUCUUCACUGCAUAAAAAUUACACUACAAUGUUUUAAAGACCUUAACAGUCCUUAAACCCUCUUGUAAUGUUACUCAGGAUUACACUGAUGGCAAUGAUGAGUUGCUGGAUGUCGGCUGUCAUGUGGGGAUUAACCUGUGGGAAUACAGAUUUUCUUUUAAAAUAUCCAUA